GAGGGCCGCCUGACGGGCUGCGGGCGGGCCGGUUGAUGGAGACUGCGAGCGGGCUUGGCUCGGGGCGGGAUGCUUUCGCUGGGGCUGCUUUGGCGGGCGCUCUCUAGCGGGGGGCAUGAGGACCGGGAAGAGAAGGACGACCAUCAGGCCCACCACCGGCCCGAGGCCCCGAGCAGAAUCGCCGCCGCUGCCAUGGAGCAGGAGCAGGAGCGGGCCCUGGAGGUCUACGAUAUAAUUCGAACUAUCCGGGACCCAGAGAAGCCCAACACGUUAGAAGAACUAGACGUCGUAACAGAAAGCUGCGUUGAAGUGCAUGAAAUUGGGGAAGAUGAAUAUUUGGUCACAAUCAGGUUUACACCAACAGUACCUCAUUGCUCUUUGGCCACUCUCAUAGGGCUGUGUUUGAGGAUCAAGCUGCAGAGAUGUUUGCCUUUUAAACACAAGUUGGAAAUCUACAUUUCAGAGGGAGCGCAUUCCACUGAGGAGGAUAUUAACAAGCAGAUAAAUGACAAAGAGAGAGUCGCCGCUGCAAUGGAGAAUCCUCACUUGCGGGAGAUUGUGGAGCAGUGUGUUCUGGAUCCAGACUAGCAACCGUGACAGCAGCUCCUGUUGACCUGGGAUCUUUCUGGCACUUUGGUGUUCAUGUCUUUUGGGGGAGGAAUGGAGGCCUUGAAUUUGAUACUGGACAGUUCUUUGUACCUCCUGUAUAUUUUUAAUAAAUUAUUUUAUAAAAAAUCCAUUUAAAUUACGAAGGAGAGUGAGCCAUGUAUAGUCUUAGAUUAAUUUUGAAGGAUUGUGAGAAGCUCAUAAUUUUUUUAAAAAAAUUAUGAAACCAUUCUGUUGCCACCUCAUGAAUAUACAUUGUAAUUUUAAACAACUGAUUUUGAAGAUUGAAUUUUACACAUUGUUAUGAUGGAAUGUGUUUGAUUAGCUGCCGGUGUGAGAGAUAAAUAAAAUACAGAGUUUUAGAAA